CCAGCUUGAUUGGUUGAAACCCGGCAAGAACGACUGUACAGAAACACAUGGGUACCAGACUGCCUUUUGGUGGACGUUAAUAAUGAUCUUAUAACGUUUCUGAACACUUUCCUGCAUUGGGAGCGUGUGGGUCGCCACAGCGGGUCAUCUGUCUGUAUCGCACCGUAUCCCUGUCAUGUGCCUUUGGUGACCGCAGUUAAUCAUUAAGUGAUGGAGACGGUGGCCCUGGUUGCUCCAGUUACAGCUUUGGAGUUCCUUCAGGAUGCAUUUCUAAUUAAAGGUGAGGGUCCGGUCUUGUCGGUGUACAGACUCAAGCCUCGCCCUAAAGCCUGUGCCUCUUUGAGCGUUCUCCAUCAUUACCGGAUUCAUGGAAUAAGACCCAGAAGGUGGGAAGCUGUGCCAUCACGGAGUGCCGUACUGAGCACUACAGAGCCAAAUGUCUGUGACCUUGCAGUAUUUGGAGGCAAAGCUGUGAGGCUUGUAAGGUUCCGCGUGGAGGAUGGGGAGCAACUUCGCCUGGAGGUCCUGGGCCCCCUCAUGGAGCUACAGGACUGGGCUCUGGAUGUCCGCUGGCUCUCUGAAGACAAACAGCCACUGCUGUGUGUGGCUCUUGCUCAUAAUAGUGCUCUUCUCUUGGAUGUCGCAAAAGGAAAUGCCCUGGUGCAGCGUUCCUGUCUGGAGGGCUGUUUGCUGUACUCUGCUCUUCUUCUGGUUCAUGAAUCCUGGGUGGAUACUGUCAUAGUUGGAGGGACUGUGUUCAAUCAGCUGGUUCUCUGGAAGCCCGGAGGAGGAGACAAAAGUAGCAAUCCUGAAAACAAGGCUCCAAUUGAAAGGCGUCUACUGGGCCACACUGGGGUCAUCUUCAGUAUCUCUUACCUCCAGGAGAAAGGAUAUUUAGCUUCAGCCUCUGAUGACCGCAGUGUACGGGUGUGGGGUGUUGGCACUUUAGGUGGGCCUGAAGGGAAAUGUGGGGACUUGAACCCAGUUUGUUUAAGGAUCCUAUAUGGACAUCAGGCCAGGGUGUUCUCAGUCCAUCUCUUAUCAGGGAAUAUCUUCAGCGCUGGGGAAGAUGGGACCUGUUUAGUCUGGGACUGGGCUGGAAGCGGGAAGGUGGUUCGCACGUUGAAGGGACACCGAGCAGGGGGUGUUCGUGCACUGGCAGUCAGUGAGGGAGAGGAAGCGAGCUGGGUGGCUACAGGAGGGGCGGAUGGAGGGGUAAGGUUGUGGCGAGUGGAGGGCAAUGAGAAGAAGGUGUGUCUAGAGGAGGAGGCAGUGACAGAGAAACUGACUGACCUGAAAUUUCCUGGUCAAGGCCUGCCUAAAGUUGUUUGCUUAGCAGGAGAAGAGGAUGGCAGUACAAGCUGGAGUCAGUGUAAGCCUGUAGUUUGCACUGACAAAGGAGUAGUUUACCAGUAUAAUGUUGGGAAGUGGGAAGUAGUGUGGAAUGGGACUCCAGAGUUCCAGUCCUACUGUGUGAUGGAAACGAUAACUAUCACUGUGAAGGAGUCGACAACCAAAGUUGAUUUGUGUGCUGUGGGAAACCUCAGUGGGUGCUUACAGAUCUUUCCCAUGUCUCAUCCUCAGUCUGGAAUUCUGCUUACAUGUGGAUCAGGGAAGAUCCAUACUCUUAUUUGGCACAAGGGAAAAGAGUGUGUGUAUUUGUUAGCUUCAGGUGCUGAAGGACGUGUCUAUCGCUGGUGUGUAGAGACAAAAUUCAGUGAAACCUGUUCUUUAGCUCUCAGCAUCACUGCUCUACCUUCUUUCCUCCUCCCCUCGUGCGCUAAGCGCUGGCUCACAGCUGCAGUGCGCCUCCAGUGCAGGUCAAGGGAGGUGCUUUGGGUGUGUGGAGACAGGAGAGGAUCCCUGCUUCUGUUUCAGGAAAGAGAAAACUCAAAGCAAAGAAAAGGAGAUGGUGAGGACACAAAUGAAGAAUUACUGACAGAUGGUAAACAAGGUGACAAUGAGGAAAGCGGGUCUGAGGCAGAGGGGAAAGGCAAGAUGGAGAAUGAAGAAAGCAAAGAGAUGCAUGACCUGUUGCUGCAUCCUCUGAGCUGUCUGUUUGGGGUGCACGGGAAACAAGGUGUAACCUCAGUGUAUGAGUACCAAGGCUUGUUCUACAGCACUGGCAGGGACGGCUGUGUUAGAGUUUUCAGAGUGCGUCCAUCAUCACCAAAGAAUCUUGAAGAAAGUAGACAAGAUAACACUGCGGAAAAAAGUGAAAAGAAUGAAGAAAUGCUUCGGCUGGAGGUUCUCAGGGUCCAGCGCGCCUGCAAAGGAAUGGAGUGGCUGGAGAGGAUUUUAAUUCUUGAACCUGAAAAAGAAUUGGAGGAGAAGGAGGAGGAAGAGGUCACACAGGAAUGUGAAAAGCUGUAUAACAAAGAACACCAAUUGACAGAACAGGUGGAGGUUAAAGGGGAGGAGGCAGAAGAAGAGCGCUUCAGAGAAGUAGAGAAAGAAGGCAGAGAAGCCAGAUUUGUAAUUGUCGGCUUUCAUGCAGUCCAUUUUGUUGUUUGGGAUCCGGUGAGGCAGGAGAGACUGUUAGCAGUGCCUUGUGGUGGGGGGCACCGCUCUUGGAGUCUGUGGCCAUCCCACAAAGGGAUUUGGCUCGGAUAUGGAGCUUUGGUGUUUAUCAAGCAGGGGGCUGUCCUGACUUCACAGCCCCCUGGGGAAGCAAUGGGUUGGGAUGGGAAGACAGGAAGGGCUGGAGGAACAGGAUUGAAAGAUGGAGUCCAUGGAAGAGGAAUUGGGUGUGUAUGCAGGCUGGGGAGGAUAACAGACUUUGGGAACGGGAAUCAGGCAAACCACUGGGAGUUAGUAGUGACAGGUGGAGAGGACACUAGCCUGAGUGUCCUGGCUGUACAUCCCUUUUCUGGCAAUAUUAAAGUUCUUUCAGUUAUUACCGACCACAUCUCAAGCAUCCGCACGGUGACUGCGAUUGUUGGCCCAGAGGGAGGGAGUGAAAGCCAGUCAAAGCCUCUCUCUGCUCUGCUCGUGUCAGCCGGUGGGCGGGCUCAAAUCCAAGUUUACCGGCUGUUAAUUGUUUGGGACGGGCAGAGACUGGCUCCUUCCUGUCAGGUGAUCCAGGUAGCCAGUCACCGUUUGGACGAAGAGUGGGAGAGGAGGCGCAACAGACACAAGAUGGUGAAAAUGGACCCGGAAACAAGAUACAUGUCUGCGACAGUGGUGGAUGAAGAAGUAAACCGUGUCCUUGUGGCUCUGUCCUGCAGUGACGGGGCUGUCAGACUGUUCUCUGUCAAUGAAGCAAAAGGUCAAAUUGAUUUGCUGUGGGAAACAUUUUACCAUCAGCGCUGUGUACUCAGUGUCGCCACCUGCAGCCUGGAGGAUGACAAAGGCAACAGGCAUAAGCUGCUGUUCAGCGCUGCGACUGAUGGGAAAAUCGCAGUGUGGAAUUUGACCGACUCUUUGUCCUCAUCAACGGAUAAUUCGAGCGGUGCUGCAACAUCACCAGUCCCCUGCCUCGAUGUUCCCGCCCACCAGAGUGGGAUCAACUCAUUGGCUGUUUGGGCAGAAAAACCGGGACAACAACAGGGUAGUUGCCUGGUAACUGUUGCUAGCGGAGGAGAUGAUGGACAGCUGACUGUGUCCACAAUCAGGGUGCAGCACUCAGAAGGUGGGAAAAUCGGGAGCCAAGUAGAGUUUUCUCAGAUUUCUGAGUCUCAGCCUCUCCUACAAACGCAGCUCCAGUGUCCAGACAGGCUUCAGAUUCAUCUCCACUCCCAAUGCCACAUCCCGCUGGCCCAUGCUGCCCCUCUAACAGCACUGAAGGUCCUGAGACCAGACCUCUUGGUCUCCACUUCCUCAGAUCAGAGGGUUUGCCUUUGGAAGGUCUGCAGUAACAGUAUCAGCCACUGUGGGGCACUGUGCUCCCACGUUGCUGAUGCUGCAGGGCUCGCAGUCUGGGAAAGUGAGGAAGGAAAUCAGAAAGUGAAGAUAAGAUUUGAGUCUGAGCAGGAAACUGCUGGGAGGCUCAAGAGGGAUAAAGAAACAGCUGAUGAGAAAAGCGUUAAAGAACUUGUUGAGGUAGAGAGCGAGACAGGUGACCCAUUUAGUAAGACUACUGGUGAGAAAGAAGAGACAGCCACAAGUCCAAGAAAUCAACCAGAGAAUGACUGCGUAGGUAAGCCAGCAAGUGCAGUAAAGCCUGAGACAGGUCUGAGGGAGCGAUGGGCGCUCGUCUGCGGUCAGGGCUUCCAGCUACUACGAGUCAGGAAUACGGAGAUGGAUGCAGAGAAAAACGGAGAAAAGGGAAAACUGGACGAGCGAAUUAAAGUGACUCUCCAAGAAAAAUGAUUCUGAAUAAAAAGAUUAAAGAUACUUUUAUAAAAACUUCACAAAGAGACAUAUUUUUUAAUUAUUUCUCAAUUAUCUGUCUUAAUUGCAGCUGUAUACUUUGAUGUAAAUGUAUGUUUCUGGUAAUUGUUUAAAGUAUUUAUCCUCUAGUUUUUGUUUCUUUAUUUUUUUGUUACAUGAAAAUGAUAAAAACAUAUUUAUUCCCACUGUAAUUAAAUGUAAGAUUAAAAAUGUUCUUUAAUCUGUCUUAACUGAUUUCAGAUAAUUUAAAAAGCAAACCAUUUAUUAAUUUCGUAGAUGUGAGCAGCUAUUUCUUCUCUGGCGUUUCCUUUAAGAAAACACAGAAAGCAUUUGCUUUCUAUCAAGAGAGAGCAUUCACUGCACAAAGAACAUUAAAAACCAUCUCUGAUGUGUUUGUGGCAUCUGUGGCCUACUUUAGGGAAUAGUACCAAGCUGCACAAAGAUGGCUGAAGUGACUGGAGUUAUUUUUAAUACAGUAUGGUGCAUCUCAUCCAGCCAGGAAAUAAAGGCCUUUUUGUUUUUAGAUGAAGAGAGUCUUGGGACUUCAUUUCUCCACACAGUAAAAACCUCAAAACAGAAAUUUGUAGUGUAAAUCU